CCAUGACUUUCAUUCCUAACGCUAUUUUGACUUCAUCUGGCAAACCUCCCUUCUCCUUCCGUCCUUUACGUUUAGUCCUUUUACUGGCCAUCGCCAGCCGUUCUCUUGACGUCAAAGGUCUGCCAUUUGUAUGGUCUUCCGCAGGACAAAAUGCUUGAUUUCAUCCUCAGCCUCGAUGGAAACCAUCUCCAAACCAUCCACUACCGUUCCGAACAUCCUCCCGAUCCCGAUCGAUACCCGUGGAUGAAUCAGGCAAUUGAAUGCAUCGCACGCAUUAACACCCCACACCGACAAAUCGACCUUAUAUGCAGCCGAACCCCACCCCCCCUGUGGCCCAUCUGCUUCUUCUGGACCGACCUGUUAAUGAACGUCGUCAGCGCGGACAGUCUCGUUUCCGCAAACCCCGCCCUCCUCUUCAAGCACCGGGGAUUGUACAACACGAGACGAUUCUGGAAGCUAGAACAUACCGUCAUAAUGAAAUACGCCAUACGAGGUUACGCAUUCGCACCAAGUCCCGCUGCUUGGGAGCCCACCCCUCGAUGCCACCCGCUCCUCUGCUGCAGGAAACAACGCACCUUCGAGGACCGUGCCUGCCUCCGUCUCACAUUUGAUGAACGUAAUGCACUCCCUGCAGACGACGAUGCCUACAUCGCCUGGAGGUUGUCAGAUGCACGUUGCAGUGCGAACUGCACGACUGCCCUGAUUGGCCCCUCCGCAAUGUAUGGGAUCAAAGAUUGAAUGAACACCCACGCAACACUGGCAUUGUUCACGUACCCGCCCAAUGUAAUGUCCUCUAAUGUACCCUGUACUAAUAGCUUCAACAUUUAUCCCACUACCGCUCCUGUACUGUUAUCUCAAAUUGACGCCGCAGCGUCAACUCCACCAACUGUGCUACGUCCCAUAAUAAAUCCUGCACGUUGCCCGUGACAACCAAUGAACAUACCUCGAGCAAGGGACCCAGCCGCGGCCACGCGGCGCUUCUCGAGUCCUAAGCAAUCUGGCAGCUGACUGCGCAGCACGCUCUUACAACGUCCACGUAAUUAC